AUGUCCCUGUUAUGGAAAUCUGCACCUAUUUUAAAAAACCUGGUAAAAUAUGUACCUGCAGCGACACGGGUCCAAAAAAUUCACCGAUGGGUUGCACCCACAUUAAUGGAAUUAAAGAGACGAGAAGACAAAUUAGGAGGUAAAAUAACAAACCCAAGGAAUACUUUUUUAGAGUGGAAUUUAGAAGCUGAAUUAUUCGCCUUUGGAAAGAGAUUGAAUGAAGAAUUUGACUCAGAUUUAUUAUUACAAGCUUUUACUGAUAGAUCAUAUGUUAUAAAAGAAGAAAUGAAACAAAAGGAAAUUGAAUUUAAUAUAAAAAUGAAAGAUAAUAAGGAGUUAGCAGAAGAAGGUGAAAAAUUUAUAGAACAGUACAUUCAAGUAUAUUUAGAAACGGUCCUGCCUAAGUUUCCUUUAGAAGGUAUCUCAGGAAUUAAAGCACAUCUAACAUGUGAAGAAACAUUAGCAAAUAUAUCUUUGCAUCUUGGUACUAAAGAUAUUAUACUUGCAUCUGAAUACCCUGUUGAUAAUUACAUUUUAGCAAAAACAUUUAAAGCCAUAGUUGGGGCUCUUUUGAGAUCAGCAGGUGAAGAAAGAGCCGCACAUUUUGUGAGAGACUUUGUUAUUACUCAGUUACAAGGGAAGGAUAUAAACGAAUACUGGAAGAUAGAAGACCCUUGGAUAAUGCUUGUAGACAUACUAGAAAAAGAUGGAAUAAAAAUUGAACCAAGGCUGAUCGGUGAAGUUGGAAAGAAUACUUUGCUAGCUUGCUACAGAGUUGGUCUAUAUGUAGACAAGAAAUUGUUUUCUUCUGGAUUUGGAGAAACAGUUUCGUCCGCUAAAGAAGUGGCUGCAUUGGAAGCACUUAAAAAGAUUUUUGGAACAGAAGAUAGCAUGGCUCCUAUCAAUUUUAAACUCCAAGGAAUACAAAAAACAGUAUCAAAGCAGCAUAAACAAAUAUCUGCCAGUUAG